AUGAACUUUGAGCAACCGUACAGCCAAGAAGGUGUGUACCAGCGUGAAGAACUUAAAAAUCCAAAAGUUAUUGGCAAGAUGGAUUUCUCCAGGCGCAUUUUUCUUAGAUGCCAGGAUGAUCCAAAUAGCUUGCGUCACAAGUACAACUUCAUUGCAGAUGUGGUGGAGAAGAUCGCCCCAGCUGUUGUUCACAUCGAAUUGUUUCGCAAAUUGCCUUUUUCAAAGAGGGAAGUUCCUGUUGCCAGUGGCUCGGGUUUUGUUGUUUCUGAAGAUGGAUUGAUUGUUACUAAUGCCCAUGUGGUUACCAAUAAGAACAGAGUGAAAGUGGAAUUGAAGAAUGGCGUCACAUAUGAAGCUAAAAUUAAAGAUAUUGAUGAAAAAGCAGAUAUUGCACUAAUAAAAAUAGACACUCAGGAGAGGCUGCCAGUUCUGCUGCUUGGACGUUCAGCAGAGUUGCGUCCUGGUGAAUUUGUGGUGGCAAUUGGAAGCCCAUUUUCUCUUCAGAACACAGUGACUACUGGAAUUGUUAGCACCACACAACGGGGAGGCAAGGAACUUGGACUUAGAAAUUCUGAUAUGGACUACAUUCAGACAGAUGCCAUUAUCAAUUAUGGAAAUUCCGGAGGACCUUUAGUAAACCUGGAUGGUGAAGUAAUUGGUAUUAAUACUCUGAAAGUCACUGCUGGGAUCUCCUUUGCAAUACCGUCGGACAAAAUUAAAAAAUUCCUGACUGAGUCACAUGACCGCCAAGCCAAAGGAAAAGCAGUAACAAAAAAGAAAUAUAUUGGCAUACGUAUGAUGUCCCUCACUCCUAGUAAAGCUAAAGAACUGAAAGAACGCCAUAAAGACUUCCCUGAUGUUAUUUCUGGAGCCUAUAUUAUUGAAGUAAUUCCAGACACACCAGCUGAGGCGGGAGGCCUGAAAGAAAAUGAUGUGAUUAUAAGCAUCAAUGGACAACCAAUCCUGUCAGCCAAUGAUGUCAGUGACAUUAUCAAAAAGGACAAUACACUCAGCCUGGUAGUACGCAGGGGAAAUGAAGACAUUAUUCUAACCGUGAUUCCUGAUGAGAUUGACCCUUAAAUAGAAACAUGAGCUGGAUUUCAUGUUCUCUGUUAAGAACAAGCAGUGGACUAAUUAUAUUAUAUCUGUACUGGUACAGGAAAUAGACUUUUGACUAAAAAUCCACAUGCUCAGUGGAACUGUAUUGGCCAAUCAACUAAUUUCAUAUAGGUUUGAGUCACACAACCUAUGCAAUUUUCAAGAUGAUACUUCUGCUGUUCUUAAUGUAUGCUAUGUGCUAUCUCUUGGCUGCCCCAUCUGUUCCUCUAUCUUCAGUGGUCAACAUUUGAUCCCUUCUCGACUGUAAAAGUUAUUACUUUGAACCAAAACUUCUUGAAAGUAAAACCAUGGCUAAAUCA